UUUACUAUUUCUUUUAUGUUUUUCACUUAAAUCUGCAAAUAUUGUUGUUCGUCAUCAUCAUCAUCAUCAUCAUCACGUCUAGACUGGAUUUUAAAUUAAUUAUGAUUGUUAAUUUGUUAAAAAUAUUAUGCUCAUAGUUUUGUCGGAUUUAUAAAUCUCCCAAGCGAUCUCGCCGAAAAUGUCGACAGUAAUUAAAGCAACAAGAGUUUCUCUCUCAUUCCCGCCAAUCGCGAGCCUUCAAGCCAAAGCCGAUGGUCAUGAUCAAACGAUCUGGGCCUUCUCCGCGAGUCAGUGCCACGGGGUUUGGCACGACGCCGUGUUGGUGGUAGCGGCGGUGCUGUUUGUGGUAUACUUGGGGUUGAACGCGAAGAAGGACUCGAAGAAGCUGUGGAAUGGAGGAUCAUACGUAAUGAUCUCGUACUAUGCCCUUCUCUGUCUCGCGAGCAGCCUCAAUCUCGCUUGGUGCUGCCUUCAGGCUUGGCAGUGUUCUCCAGAGAACGAGUUUGCCUGGAAUCUCCUGUCAUUAUUCACUACUUCUGGAAUGUUGUGUUUGGAGAUUAGCUUGGUUGCUUUUUUACUUCAGGAGAGUUAUGCCGCUGGGUUGGAGAUUUUGGCACGUACUUUCAUUAUCUCCAGCAUCAUAGUUGGUACUGAUAUACUUCUUAAGGCAGUUUAUGUUUUUGGAUAUGGGGUGCCGCUGUUUAUUGAGGGUACUGGAACUACUGAUCGGUUGAAGUGGGGCUUAUUGAUAGUCCACAAACUAUUGCUUACUGUGACCUAUGGCUUCAUUUUGUUUGUGCAUUUGUCAAAAUGGAAAGAGAAAUUACCACCCAAACCAUCAUUCUACCACUACAUCAUUGUCAUGUUUGCCAGUAGCACUCUUGGACUGUUGGCAUGUGGGCUUGCUGCUCUCGGGGCUGGCUUUGGCAUUUGGUUAUACAGUCUAACAAUUAUCUGCUAUCACUCGCUGUAUCUUCCUUUCCUGUAUGCUACUUUUCUGUCUGACUUUUUCCAGCGGGAAGAUUUUCUCUUGGAUAAUGCAUAUUACUGGGAAAUGAGGGAUGCCGGGUUCUUUGAUGCUAUUUUGGAUUAAUCAUGCUGAAUAUGAGCAUAAGAAAAUUCUUCUAUACUUGUUGACUAAUAAAUUUGAUAUAAAGCUGACUUGAGACAUAGCAGUGAUCGGAUUUUCAAUAUCACAAAAUUAUAUUCUUACCCUGUA